CUGAUGCUGAAACUGUGAGGUGUCAUCAGUAGAGGCAGAAGCCGGCCCUUUAGGGAGAAAAAGGCAGCUAACCAUGGCUGUGCGCAUCAUACGUGGAAUGGAAGACCUGAUGGCAUCGGGCAGCCAGCUCGUCUGGAGCAUGGCACAUCAGACCCUGAGGAGUUGGUACAACCGUGGGCUGAUGCCAUGCAGACGCUUCCUAGAAGCCUGGCUCAGGAUUGGAAAAUGCUACCAGAUGACAGAGGGCCGUCUGUGUCAGGUUCACCUCCUUGAUGGCAGGAAGCUGGAGCUGCUGGUUCAGCCCAAGUUGCUGUCCCGUGACCUGUUAGAUUUGGUCGCCUCACAUUUUAACCUGAAGGAGAAAGAAUACUUUGGGUUGUGCUUCAUAGAUGACACUGGCCAGAAUAACUGGCUCCAGCUGGAUCGUAAAGUCCUUGAUCAUGACUUCUCCAAGUCUUCGGGGCCUUUGGAACUCAAGUUCCUGGUGAGGUUUUAUAUUGAGAAGAUCACCUACUUGAAAGACAACACAACAGUGGAGCUGUUCUUCCUGAACGCUAAAUCUUUAGUGUUUAAUGAGACCAUCGAAGUGGAAAGUGAAAAUGUUUUCAAGUUAGCCGCAUUCGCAUUGCAGGAGGCCAAAGGAGAAUACACCAGUGCUGAGACUGCCAGAUCAGACUUGAAGCAGCUCCCAGUUCUGCCCACCAGAGUAUUAAGGGAGCAUCCAUCUCUUAAUUACUGUGAGGACAAAGUGAUUGAACAUUACAAGAAACUGAAAGGACUGACCAGAGGACAAGCCAUUGUGCAGUACCUGGCCCUGGUGGAGUCCCUGCCGACAUACGGAGUCCAUUAUUACCCUGUGAAGGACAAGCAAGGAAUACCGUGGUGGCUGGGAGUGAGCUAUAAAGGCAUCGGCCAGUACGAUUUGCAGGAUAAACUAAAGCCAAGAAAGUUGUAUCAGUGGAAGCAGUUAGAGAAUUUGUAUUUCCGCGAGAAGAAAUUUGCUGUGGAAGUGAACGACCCUCACAGAAGAACAGUGACCAAGCGAACUUUUGGACAGACUGGUCUGGUUAUACACACAUGGUAUGCCAGCCACUCUCUGAUUAAAACCAUCUGGGUGAUGGCCAUCAGUCAGCACCAGUUCUACCUGGACAGGAAGCAAAGCAAAACAAAAAUGACCACGACCAGGAGUUCAGGAGACAUCGCCGUGGACCUCACAGAGAUCUGCGCCCCGCGGAUCACUAAACUCUCCAGCAUUGAGAGCAGAGACCAGCUUAUCAUGGCCAGCAACGGAAGCCUCAUCUCAGCCGGUUCUGCUGACUCUGAAGUCAGCGAGGAACAGAAGAAAGAAAAGGUUGCUGAGUUGAAAAAGAAAGAAAAGGACCUUCAAGACAAACUGACAAAGAAACUUGAAGAACUGAAGAAGAUCUGCAUGAGAGAAGCUGAGCUUACGGGCAAAUUGCCUAAAGAGUAUCCCUUGGCAACAGGUGAGAAGGCUCCUCACGUACGACGCCGUGUUGGGACAGCUUUCAAGUUGGAUGACCUUUUCCCCUAUGAUGAGGAUCCACAUCUGAGGAAUCUAGAGAGCAGGUUUGCCCUGCAGCAGAAGAUCGUGGAAGCAGCCAUCAAGUUAUCAAACGAGGAUGACCUCUGCAAGACGGUGAAGAAGAAGAGGAGGAACAACUGUCUGGAUGCGAUGAGGAAGCUGGAGGAGAUUGAGAGGGAGAUCAACGCUUACAGGAUCAAGAAGGGAAAGAAACCCACACAGAGAGCCUCUCUGAUCUUAGCAGAUGAUGUCAACCCUUCAGAACUCAGCUCUCUAUCUGACAGCCUCACGCUGGAUGAUGAUGAUGAGCUCUAUUCCCAGAGGCAGCGUUCCAGAUCGGUUCAGUAUUCCCCAAGACCACACCAUGCAGAGACUCUGGACAUCCACUACAACAAUGACAGACGGUCCUCUACCAAUGAGCAGUAUGCAGACAGCAGAUUAAAUUACGGCCAAGUCCAGGAAGCACUCCACUACAGCCACCGUGAUGCCUUAUCAAGCCACAGCAGCCCGUUUAAACCAGCUUCCAGACAGCCACGUGAUGCCCGCAGCAUGCCCCCCACACCCCUCCUCACCCGCAACGCCUACAGCAGCACCCAGCUCAGAUCAGAGGAUGCUCCACAACAUUUCCGCCAGCGUAGCGGUAGUCUGGAGUCCCAGUCUCAGUUCAUGACAGAGGCCGAACCUCCCGUGCCAUCGUUCACCUUCACCCCAGCCCGACGCAGCAACAGCACUGAAGUCCUCGAUGACGGUUCCUCCUACACCAGCCAGUCCAGCGUCGAGUACAGCGUCCCCGGAAACCACACGCACAGGCGCAGAGCUCGUGGUCGCCACAGAAAAGACAUUUACGCCAACACUGGUAGCAUGCCGAACCUGGCGCAGCCGGACACCCGCUGCUACGCCUACCAGCCCAGGGCCAGACCCACCACGACAGCCUACUAUGUGACGGGUUAUCCCAGCUACGCGGAACCAGAGCCUUACUCCAAUGGAGUCUACAUGUACGACAACGAGAUGGAGGGGCACUAUAACGUCAACCCUGCAUACCACCACACACCAGCAGCUUAUCACAGCCACGACAUGCACAGUCACUACGGUAACGACGAGAUGGACGGCAUGUCGCAGAACCCGUACGCUACGCUGCGACCUCCCAGGAACCGACAGGCCCCCCGCGGGAACGAGCAGGUCGGCAAGAAUAUCCAGAAGGCUUUGGUGGCGGAACACUUGAGAGGCUGGUACCAACGCAACGCUGCGCAAAAGCAGACAUCGUACAACUAUGACUACGACAGAGGGUCCCAGCAGAGCCUGGGCUACCAGACCAUGCCUGCACCCUACAGCCACAACAGCAGGAACACUGCCUAUUCCACAGUGUCCUCAGUGUCCUCCAGUGGAAACUGGCACAGCCGCAUUAGUGCAGGUGGUGCUAUGUCGGAAUAUGACAUGUCCAUGCAUGCGCCACAGUCCUACUCCUACAGCACAGCCCCCUACAGCCACUCCGCCCACAACAGAUAUGGCACCUCCCAGCUUUUAAAGGGCUCCUGGCACAGCCCUGAUGGUCGGAGGCGCUGUGCCUUUUUCCCCGCUAGUUCUUUCUCCUCAGCUUCCUCUUCCACCUCCUCCCUGCCCUCCUCCUCUUUUCCCUCCUCCUCCCCCGGGUGUCGGGUCAGGCAGGUGGCCUCCAGCCCUGCGCAGCCACAAUCCUCCAGAGGGCACAGGCUCAGUAAGGUGUCCUUUGCUAAAGAUAUCCCCCAGAGUUUGAGUGGCCGAGCUGUGAUAGGAUGGCGUGCCCUGCGGGGCCUUUAGAGAGGCGUGGUGCUGUUGCCUAUGCUACUGACCAGGAAAAUUACCCCCUCCCCCCCCAAUUUAUCAGUCACAGCACAGAAGAAAGGAUCCUACGUAGAUGUCAGCCAAAUCGACUCACACAUCAGUAACCAAAUACACCCUCACCUGGAGCCCGAGGACAAGAUUUACUGGCACGAAGACUCAAAGCCGGGAACAAUAGUGUAGCUGCCUGUCUGUCGUCGUGCUGUAUAAAUCCUCUACCUUGACGAGUCGUCAUUGUGCCUUAGACUGCACUUAACCUGUUUGUCUGUACAAGAGGAUCCAAAGAAUGAAGGAACUUUAGUGGGAUUCAGCGUCUAAAGGAAAUGAAGUCCUCUCGUUUCUGUUCUCUUGAUUGCCAAACUGACCCACAACCUAAUCAUAACAAAACCCCUCGGGAGCGUCUUCGUGUCUGGAUUGCGAGUGUUUUGUGGUGAUGGCACUUGUGCACUGAAACUAUACCAGGACCUGCUGUGAACUGUGUGGUAUAGCCAGUGUUUCUCUGUAGAGAUACAGGCUUCACAAAACAAAGGACUAGGACUGUCUAUAUGAUGGAUACUGAGCCGCAAUGAACAACACACAUGUACGAACACAGUAACCAUGAAGGAUUGGACAAGGAUUGAUAAAGACAUUAUCAAAAUGAAGGAUUGAACUCAUUAAAAAUGAGUGAAAACGAUGUGGCUACUUCCUGGAACCUUCUGCAGUCACCAGAUCCAGUUUUAUCAUAGCACAGCUUGUAACUACCACACUGUACUCCUGUUUGUCAUUUACAAAGUAUUCAAUCUAUCUCACUGUCAGUACUUAUGAUACACUUGAGCCAAAUACUUGUGUCACCACUUGAGUAUUACCAGAAGUUAACUUUGAUAUCACUGCCACAUCUGAUCAGUCACUGCAGGAAGACAGGAAAUCCUUUCUUUUUUUCUUUUUUUUUAACAUGGUUAUUUCAUCCAUGCUGGAAAUCAUGGACUGGUGCUCCCAAUUUCUCUCAAGAGAAUUAAACUGUAUGUAAAUGUGGUAUUGUAAAUACACUGGUUCCGUCUUUUUUUUUAGAGCAUUUUUAUGUAUUUGAAAAGCAUGUAAUAUAUAGUAAACAAUUGUUGUUAAGCUGGUUCUUAGUAAUUUGUACAAUUGCAUUUAUUUGAAUUAAAAAAUCAGCAUUUGAA